AUGCUCUCGCGCGCGCAGCUGCUCGGGGUCGGCGUCCUCUUCCACCUAGUCUACCUCCGCAGCAUCUUUGACAUCUACUUCAAAUCGCCCGUCGUCCACCUCGACAGCCAAUUCCUCUCGACUCCUACCCCGGCCGCAGACCGGCUGUUCCUCAUUGUUGGCGAUGGGUUACGCGCCGACAAGCUCUUUGAGCAUCCAGAGCUAGCGCCUCAUCUACACAGCAAGGCACUGCAUCACGGAAGAUGGGGAAUUAGUCAUACGCGCGUACCGACCGAGUCGCGGCCUGGUCAUGUCGCAUUGAUUGCGGGACUCUAUGAGGAUGUAUCUAGCGUAACAACUGGUUGGCAGCUAAAUCCAGUCCAUUUUGAUUCAGUCUUCAAUCAAUCCGACAAAACACACGCAUGGGGUUCGCCAGAUAUUCUGCCCAUGUUUCGAGAAGGCGCAUCAGACAAAGGCCGCGUUGAUUGCAAUAUGUACGAUGCGCACAAGGAAGACUUUACAGAGCAGUCAGACGCGCUAGAUACAUGGGUCUUUGACCGUGUCACAGCCUAUUUUGAAAACAGGCCGCCGACGCCGCCCAAAACGAUCUAUUUCUUGCAUCUGCUUGGGCUGGACACUGCCGGCCAUGCCCAUCGGCCAUACUCAAAAGAGUACCUACACAAUAUUGGCACAGUCGAUAGGGGCCUGGCAGCGCUCGAGAAGACACUAGAAGCUGUCUUGACGCCAGAUGAGCUAGCCAAGUCUGCCUUUCUGUUCACGGCAGAUCAUGGCAUGAGUGACUGGGGCAGUCACGGCGAUGGUCAUCCGGACAAUACGCGGACACCUUACAUCGCAUGGGGUGCAGGUUUCCUUCGACCAGAUAGACCUCAGCCACACGCGUCCCUCGAACUACACCACACUGUUGGAGAGUCUUUUGGUUGGGACGUCGAGAGCCGCGCGCGUAUAGAUGUUGCCCAAGCCGACCUCGCGGCACUCAUGGCGUUUGCCAUUGGAGUGCCGCUGCCAAAGAAUAACGUAGGAACGGUUCCUGUGGACUUACUUGAGCUCUCUGCAGAGGAGAAACGGGACGCCUUACUUCAAAAUGCGCGCCAGAUUCAUGCACAGUACGCUGCAAAGCUAGCACUCAAGAAAAAGCAGCUGAGACUGACCCAGGUCAGGCCUUUUACUUUUUCCCAAGACUUUGGAGCAAUGGCAAGUCCAAAUGCCUCCCAGUGGAUUGCAGAAUCUCUCAAUGGAAUGCGCUAUCUGCAGCGAUACGACUGGCUGUUUUUGCGAACGACCGUCUCUCUUGGCUACAUUGGCUGGAUGCUUUUGGCACUGCUGUUCGUUGUGCAUGAAUUCAUCUCGCCACUCACGUCCCGCAGAAGCAAUUCAAUACCUUUGUUGGCCGUAGGUCUAGCUGCCUAUCUUUUAGAACGCUCGGCGCCCAUCAGCUACUACGCCUAUGCCAUCUUUCCCCUCUUCUUCUGGCACCACAUCAUUCGCUAUGCAAAGCCACUUGAUGUGCGGCCCUUGUUCGGCACCAUUGCCCUCGGUCUCUUCAUUGUCGCAGCGGCAACCCAAACAUAUACAGACCGCCGCGCUCUUUCAGUCCUGCUCGCAUUUGCAAGCACGACGCCACUCUUUUAUCCAGUCCCGGCUCGGCUUGCCAUCAGAUGGGCUGUCCUUUGUUUGGUCAUGGCCUCGUUCACUCUUCUGCCGACUGUGCAACAAAAUAACACUGCGCUCGUAGUAGCAGCCGGUAUCGUCAUGUCUCUCAUCGGUCUAGCAUGGAUCUUGUAUGACGGUGGCAACGCCAUCGUGGGCGGACAAGUCGGCCUUAUUUGCUUGACGGUCUGCGUCACUGCCUCGUCAGCUCAAAGUCUUGCUGCCAAGCAAGGCUUAUCUACAGGUAAUCAGGUGGUUGGCUGGCUAUGCCUUGUUGGAUCUCUCGGUCUCCCGCUGCUGCAUGGUCGCCAGUCACCGACAGAUCGGCUCAUGGUCUUAUUUCUCACCUUCUGCCCGACAUUUGUUAUCCUGAGCGUCUCUUACGAGGGCUUUUUUUAUCUCACUUUCUGGGCACUCCUUUUGACUUGGACACAGCUAGAGUCGUGUGUGCCGCGUAGCUCACCCUUACAGCCGUCGGACUUGCGCAUUGCAUUUUACUUUUACGCCCUCAUUCAAAUUGCUUUUUUCAGCACAGGCAACAUUGCAUCCGUUUCGGCAUUCACCCUCGACUCUGUCUACAGACUGUUGCCCAUCUUCAAUCCGUUUGCCAUGGGUCUGCUAUUAAUCUACAAGCUUCUGGUCCCGUUCAUUGUGCUAUCGGCAAACUUGGGCGCCCUCAACAAACGUCUAGACAUCAAAAAGUCUGCCAUUUUCAGUAUGGUUCUCAUAUUUUGCGAUGCAGCGACGCUCGUCUUCUUUUGGCACGUCAAGGAUGAAGCAUCUCUUGCUUUGUGA